AAGACAGAUAAACUGAGAUGUUACAGUGAGCGACUUGCUUUAACUUAUAACCACUGCUUGAGAUGCACCGGUGCUGCUGCCCUUCAGCAGUCUUCAAUCUACGACAGCACCGAAGCAAAUGGCCUGAUAACUUGUUAACUUGACGGUUUAUUACAUCCUAACGCAGUCUGUUUGUUAUCUAAAUGGUCCAAAAUGAAAAACUCCCUAAGAUAUAUUUGGACCGAGAAGAUCUUCACUUAUCACUGAUUUUCACAUUGUUGUUAAGGAUAUUUAUCUGUAUAUCUUGUCGUAUUAGUGAGCCUGUUCCAAAGAAAAAAUAUUCUGUAGAUUAUUUGCUUUUAUAAUUCUGAAAUAACAGGUUUACACUUUUCUUAUCAAGUGCAAAAUGUAAAUUAUUUUUAUUUCAGUUUUACAUUAUCUUAAUUUUAUUUUAAUAUAUUUUUUUAAAUGUGCAGAAUUUGACUGAAGACCUUAUAUUUUACAGAGCUGAUACAGAAAACCUUUUAUGGGAUUUCAUCUUCCAUUUGUAAAUAUGGAAACUGCAUGUGAUUGUUAACUAAACGACUGCCACUGUACACUUGAAUUAAAAAUUUAAUGAUUCGCUUUUGUAAAACACUUAAAUAUGGAGUUACCUUGUUGCAGUCUGUGUCGAUAAAGAGGUAAAAAUAAAGGACUACUAUAAGUUCAUUCCCACUGCAGACGUGCACAAAGAAGCAGAUAUGGCUCACUAUUUAGAGUCGACUGAGAACAAAAGGACCUUUGAAAAGAAGCUUAUAGCGGUCAUGUUCAAAAUCACAGCUUAGCUGGCCACUCACAAGGAAAGGUUUACAUUGUUUCCACUGCAUUCGACAUCUCAAAAAUGUACUUUAAGUAAUGUGUGAAUAUUUUAGGUGCAAAUCUUUCAGGCAUAUUUAAAAAAAACCAACAUAUUAAUCUAGAGCUAACUGAGACAAAACUUUUAUUUACCCAUAAAAUACAGUAAUGAAGGACAUAAAGUGUAUUAAACACCAAAUGCUCCUUUUCCAGGCAGUGUUUCUGAGGUUCAGACUCAUGCUGCUAGUACACUUACAGUCCGGCAGCUAAAUAAACAGGCUGUGCCAUUCCAGAUUGGAGGGGCCUCAUUCUCUGGACCCUCAUUGGUUCGGACAGGCUUGAAAGCCUCCAUUGAGCCACACUGAAGGAAUUUAGGGUACUAAUGCCACUCCGAGGAAAAGGAAUUUGCGUGACUCUAAUAAACAGCAGACUGCUCACUUUGCAAGCUUUGCCCUCCUCCUUCCUUCUUUUUCUUCUUCUCUCCUUUUCAUUUCUGUUGUAUAUUUCUCUGGGUUGAACUCCAUGAACUAACAAUCAGCUCAUCAGCCAUGCCUUUGGCGAACAUGUCUGGGUCAAAGUGGAGGCUGGUACUCAUUGCUCUCCUUACUUGUGCCUUAAUCUUCGAGUUGGAUGCCCAAGAGCAGAAGGCUGUUCCGGGAAGGACACCAAAGCCAAGGAAACCAAAGCAUGAGAAAUCAACAAACAAAGGGCCCAGAACGAUAACAGUCAAACCGAAGGUCAAAGCUGCACGUGCAGAGCAGACCCUCCUCACGCAGGUGUUAAACAAAGGGAAGUUUAAGAAGGUGGGUGAGACCAUAAAUGUGCAAACAGGAGAUACUCUGGAGCUGAGGUGCAGGGGCAAACCUGUGCAGUGGAGCGUCCCCCCAUACCUGGAGGAGGAUAAUGAUGGGAGGCUCAGAAUUGUCCAGUAUGAGCGAUAUGGGGUUCUGACGUUGGUCAACACCACUGGUGCAGACACGGGGGAGUACACAUGCUACCCAAUGUACUGUGAAGACACUGACUGCAGGAAGGAAUACAGCAAAGCUGUUAAAGUCUUCGUCUUUUUUCCAGAUCCACAAGAACUAUUUGUUCCAUCGUCUGACUAUUACAAGGUGAUUCAGCUGAGGAGCAACUGGCCUACAGUCCUACCCUGUCAGGUGACGUCACCUGAGGCUAAAGUAACUCUGCACCGUGAGUACCCACCUGUGGAGCUGGACGUGGACAGGAGGGAGAUCUCCUUUGAUGUCAAGAAGGGCUUCACAAUCCAUCGACCUCGGCCAUAUCAUGCCGGAGCUUUGUACUGUGUUGCCAGUCUGGGAAACCUGCGGCAGAGCUCUAUGAAGUACAUGCUCAUCUAUGUUAACUAUCCUAGGGCUCCUCCCGCUCCAGUGAUCCAAGCGUCACCGAGCACAGUGACUGUGGGGGAGAAUCUACGUGUCACCUGCUCUGCGAUGGGAGAACGAGACGUGGCCAUAGAGUUCACCUGGGAUUACCCAGGACAAGAGAUUGGGAGACCUCCAUACACACAGGAGAGCGUUAUUCCGGUCAGUGGAGGAACAGCUCAGCAGCAGUCUCAGUCUGUGCUCCUCGUGGAUGAAGUUAGAGACGUGGACCAAGGAACGUACACCUGCACUGCUCAGAACAUGCAAGGAGCCAAAUCAGCAUCCACAACCAUUAAAGUGGUCCCUAAAGCCAAACCCAAGAAACCACAAGUUGGAUGACAUUACAGACAGAAAGUCGUGGUGAGAGAUCACAGCUGGGAUUUGACCCUGUCUGAGCAUUAAAUGUUUUUUCUUCUUUUUAAAGACUAUAUGAUCACAACAAAACAUUAUGCUCUCCAAACUGUAUUGCUCAAGAAGAGAAAUGUGUUUGUUUAGGUAAAUGCUUGUAUAUUAAACUUUUAUUUCCAUACACUCA